GCCUAGAUACCAAAACCGAGAUACGGAAUUACAAGGACGAACGUGAAAUAGAUGCUCAUUUCCACGAUUUCAAAAAAAAUCAAUUUGAUUUGGUGUUCGUUAUUAUACCAAAUGUCGGGCGCUGUUAUGAUGUCGUGAAGCAAAAGGCUGAGCUGAAGCACGGCAUUCUCACACAAUGCAUCAAGCAGAUCACAGUCGAGCGUAAAUGCAACCCGCAGUGUAUUGGUAACGUUCUACUUAAGGUAAAUUCCAAGCUGAACGGUAUUAAUCACAAGCUAAGGGAUGACCCGCGCUGUCUGUUAAAGAACGCAAUGUUUUUGGGUGCCGAUGUGAGUCAUCCGUCGCCCGAUCAGUGGGAGAUCCCCAGUGUGGUGGGUGUUGCCGCCUCCCAUGAUCCAUUCGGGGCUUCAUAUAACAUGCAAUAUCGCUUGCAACGCUCUACCCUGGAGGAGAUCGAGGACAUGGAGUCGAUAACCCUGGAGCACUUGCGUGUUUAUUAUCAGUUCCGGAAAUCCUAUCCCGAGCACAUCAUCUAUUACCGUGAUGGUGUCGGCGAUGGUCAGUUCCCCAAGAUCAAGAGUGAAGAGUUGAGAGGAAUUUCUGCGGCCUGCUGCAAGAUGCACAUUAAACCCAAGAUUUGCUGCGUCAUCGUAGUUAAGCGGCAUCAUACGCGCUUCUUUCCGAACGGAGCUCCAUCGCAAUAUAACAAGUUCAACAAUGUCGAUCCGGGAACCGUCGUCGAUCGCACCAUUGUCCAUCCCAAUGAGAUGGAGUUCUUCAUGGUCAGCCAUCAGGCGAAUCAGGGGACGGCCAAGCCGACGCGUUACAACGUAAUUGAGAAUACGGGCAACUUGGAUAUUGAUGUACUGCAGCAAUUGACAUACAAUCUUUGUCACAUGUUUCCUCGUUGCAACCGCGCAGUGUCUUAUCCGGCUCCGGCAUAUUUGGCACAUUUGGCUGCGGCACGUGGACGUGUCUACCUCACUGGCUCCACCAAGUUCCGUUCUCCACAGGAGGAGUACGCAAAGCGUUUGAUUGUUCCAGAGUUCAUGAAGACGAAUCCUAUGUACUUCGUGUAGGCAUCAAAAAACAGCUUCACUUCUGCCUAUUUAGUGAUUAUUAAUAUUGAUGCAAGCCACUGGGAAUCCGAACUGGGGGAGUAUUUGCUCGGAUAUCCCGGCACCAUCACGAUCGCCUUUCUUUAUUUGAAGCCGCCAGAAAUGUUCACUAUUAUGUUGUGUAAAUGAUUAUCUAUGAAAGUGGACUACUGCUUAUCACCCAAGAGUAAUAUUGACGUGUCUCUGUAUAUUUUUGAUCUGGAGGUUUGGGUCAUUGGUUCAGGUAUCGCCCAUACCUUCACCAUACGCAUUCCAAACUUCGUGUGAGUCUGUAGAUGUAGCUAAUACCAAAGGCUCAAGAAUUGAUGUCCAUGCGGAACGGACAGAAGAUAACAAAAGUCCAAAAAUUAACAA